AUGUUGGGUACUACCUUUUUCAUUUUUCUUGCUCUAAGCUCAGCUUGUCUCGGUUGGGAAUGGGAGAGCAGCGGAAAAUUGGAUCAAAAGCAAAGAAGCGCAUGUCGCGGUGCAGACUCGACUAUUAAAUACACAACGAUUUCUGGCUUCUUUCAACAAGAUGACCCAACUACUGACUCUAAGAGUUUCGACUACACCGAGACUGACUACGGUCUUAUCAAUCGGUCGUAUCCGACUGACGGUGUAUUCGACCCCAAAGGAAUUAAAACGCAGUGGGAACGAUUUUCUUAUUACGUCGAUACUUUGAAUCGGGAUUGCGAUGGAAACACGCAAUACAAAGUCUUGUUUAUGGCUCGCCAUGGCGAGGGCUAUCACAACGCCGCAGAGAGCCAUUAUGGAACACCGGCUUGGAACUGUUAUUGGGGUCUACUUGAAGGGAAUGGAACUACUAUAUGGAAGGAUGCUCAAUUGACCGAGGCGGGCAUAGCUCAAUGUACCAAGGCGAAUAACUUCUGGAAACGCGCAUUAGCUGUUGAGAAGAUUCCAGCGCCUCAGUCCUACUACAGCAGUCCCUUAAUUCGUUCUGCAACUACGGCAUAUCUUACCUUUAAUGGCCUGGAAGUUCCCGUAGAUAGGCCUUUCGCACCCACGGUUAAAGAAUUUCUUCGCGAGGGCAUAUCCAUGCGCACAUGUGAUGAAAGGUCGAACAAAACAUACAUCCAAGCUCGCCUACCAGUGUUCAGAUUCGAAGAUGGCUUCACCGAGGACGACGAGCUAUGGAAGGGUUAUGAAGGGGAAACUUCCGAGGCGCAGCUAAAGAGGACGAAGGCCGUCUUAGAUGAUAUCUUUAGCAAUGACGACAGCACUUGGAUCAGUAUCACAAGCCACUCCGGCCAGAUCCGUGCAAACCUUCAAGUAUUGGGCCAUAUCGAAUUCAGCUUGUCCACCGGCCAAGCAAUUCCGGCGCUCGUCAAGGCUGUUAAUAUCCGUAAGGUCGAGCCCAGUACUACCACCAUUAAGUCAUGGAUAGCCGAGGCUACUUGUAGCUCGCCUCCGGUUACCAGUAUCUCAGGCCAAGGUUGCGUCUGCUCAAGCGCCUCUGCUUUAUCAGCCGCGUUCACAGCCAUAGCGACCCCAACGUAA